UAUCCGCGAACCACAAUGGCCACCAAGUGCGUACACAAAGGCUGUGGGAAGGUGUUCACCGACCCCGAGGAGCCCUGUGUGUAUCAUCCAGGCCCGCCAGUAUUCCACGAAGGACAGAAAGGCUGGAACUGCUGCAAGCCCCGCGUCCUCACCUUUGAGGAAUUUAUGGAAAUCCCCCCCUGCACGACAGGAAAACACUCCGCCGUAGACGAUACUCCUGCGCCGGCCCAAAAGAAGGAUACGCCAGCCGAGUCACAGCCUCCUGUGGCUGCUCCGGUUCCUGUCAGAGAUAGCGGGGUUCCCCGGCCUGUCGCACACUCGCCUGCUAUCCCUCCUCCCUCGAAUGCGCCUACGCCUGUUCCUGAAGAGCCUGAAUCUGAUGAUCCCGAGCUUGCGAUCCCUGAGAAUGCUACCUGCCGGAGGAGGGGAUGUGGCGGCACCUAUAAACCCGACGUGUCGCGGGAUGAGGAGCGAUGCGUCUACCACCCCGGCCAGCCCGUUUUUCAUGAAGGCAGCAAAGGCUGGUCAUGCUGUAAACGGCGGGUUCUUGAGUUCGAUGAGUUCUUGAAAAUCGAGGGCCUGCGCGGAGAAGAAGAGGCAUCUUUUUGUCGGGAAGGGCAAGCCUGCUGGCGAGGAGAAGGUUGAGAGCGUUAGAAACGACUUCUACCAGACGGCAACAUCUGUCAACGUUUCGCUCUACUUAAAGAAGAUCGACAAGGACAACGCCAAGGUCGAGUUCACGUCCACCGGCAUCGCGCUGGACCUUCCGACUACGGAUAAUAAGCGGUACAAAGAUAGCUACGAGCUGUUUGCGCCGAUUGACCCGGAGAAAUCCACGUUCAAGGUGCUCGGCACGAAGCUAGAGUUGAUGCUCGUGAAGGGAGAUGGAACGAGCUGGCCAGUGCUACGAAAGGAUGAUAGAUGGACUGGGGAACGGAUCCAGAUUGGUAGCGCAGCAAGGGCUUAACUCGACUUCGAUAUCGGGUAGUAGAUAUGAAUCACGAUCAUAUUCAUGUUUUG